AAAACGACGUGGCCCUUGAUUUGUUACCAACCCCAUCCUACACCUUCAAUGGCGGACUCUCACAUCCAAUUCUCCUUAGUGUCGUUAUUUUUUUUCUCUAUGGUUUUCUCCACCACCAUGACUGUCACGAAUGCUUCAUGCGAUUCCGGCCCCGUCAGGCCCACCACCCCACUGGUCACGUUCCUCGAACAAGUAACACAAACGGCUCUAUCCACCUUCGGAAAACCCCACUUCGACCCCAAACUCUACGUCGAUUUGGCGCUCAAGUCCGACCUGUCAUUGACCCAAGACGCCUUUCACGAGCUUCCCGGGUCCGCAAACGGGUCAACGUCGGUCAAUGAUCUCAAUGAGUUUAUACACAACUACUUUGAGGGCGCAGGGGACGAUGUGGUGCUCGCCCAGCCGGAGGAUUAUGUCCCCGAGCCUGAAGGGUUCUUGCCCAAGGUGAAGAACCCGGAAGUGAGGGCCUGGGCUUUGGAGGUUCACUCGCUUUGGAAGAACUUGAGCCGGAAGGUGGCUGGUGGGGUCCACAAGAGGCCGGAGUUUCACACUCUGCUACCUCUGCCUGAGCAGUUCAUUAUUCCCGGUUCGAGGUUCAGAGAGGUUUAUUAUUGGGACUCUUAUUGGGUUAUUAGGGGAUUGCUAGCAAGCAAAAUGUAUGAUACAGCAAAAGCAAUUGUGAUUAAUCUCAUUUUCCUCAUAGAAGAGUAUGGUUACGUCCUUAAUGGUGCAAGGGCCUAUUACACUAACAGGAGCCAACCACCCCUUCUGAGUGCAAUGGUUUCCGAAAUCUACAAGAGGACAGGAGAUUUGGAGUUCGCUAGAAAAGCUCUGCCUGCACUGAUCAGAGAACACGAAUUCUGGAAUUCAGGUAUUCAUAAGGUAGUUAUUCAGGAUGACCAAGCUUGUAAUCACACUUUAAGUCGAUAUUAUGCAAUGUGGAACCAACCCAGGCCUGAAUCUUCAACCACUGACAAGGAACUUGCUUCCAAGAUCGAGAAUGUUUCUGAGAAACAGCAUUUUUACCGCGAAGUGGCUUCAACUGCUGAGACUGGAUGGGAUUUCAGUACAAGAUGGAUGAGGAACCAUUCAGAUUUCACAACAUUGUCCACCACAUCCAUUUUACCAGUUGAUUUAAAUGCCUUCAUACUGGGAAUGGAACGUGACAUCGCCUUCCUAGCAAAAGUUACAGGAGACAGCAGCAAUUCUGAUCACUUCCUGAAGGCUUCGGAAGCAAGACACAAGGCCAUUAAAUCUGUUUUCUGGAAUGCAAAGAAGGGGCAAUGGCUUGAUUACUGGCUCAAUGAUAGCUCAUGCAAUUCAGAACCUCAGACAUGGGAAGCUCGUAACCAAAAUAAGAAUGUAUUUGCUUCAAACUUCAUCCCUUUGUGGAUUGAGUCAUUUUACUCAGAUACUUCUAUGGUCCAGAAAGUUACUACAAGUCUUCAAAGUUCAGGCCUUCUUCGCGCUGCUGGAAUUGCAACAUCACUGACAAAUUCAGGACAACAAUGGGACUUUCCAAAUGGUUGGGCUCCAAUCCAACACAUGAUAGCUGAAGGUCUGGCAAGGUCUGGAUCAAAAGAAUCAAAGUUAGUGGGAGAAGAAAUUGCUGUAAGGUGGAUCAGAACCAAUUAUAAAGCCUACAAGAAAACAGGUGUGAUGCAUGAAAAAUAUGAUGUGGAAAAGUGUGGAGAAUUUGGAGGUGGUGGUGAAUAUGUACCCCAGACUGGUUUUGGGUGGUCAAAUGGACUUGUAUUGGCAUUCUUGGAGGAGUUUGGAUGGCCUCAAGAUAGAAAGAUAGAUUGCUGAGAGUAUGUAGAAUAACAGGCUAUAGAGCUCAAGUGAUAGGACUUUCGGAUUAGAUCUGAGUCUUGUGUAAUAGAAGUAGUCUAAUAAUAGGAAUUUGAUGGUCAGAUUUGUAUUUGAGUCUUCUGUAACGAUGGUAAAGUAUAUUUAUCCCAGAUUUGGGGCGUGAAAGACCCCGAAACACACUGAAAAUGAAUUAGUGAACAAUUUCAAAAGAAAUUUUUUAUAUACCAUAAAGCAGUCUUGAAGAAGAAGCAUUUAGCUGUGUUUCUCUUCUGUA